AUGUCGAUUGUACUGGCGAUUCCAUUCGCUAUCCUGCAAGCUGCGAUAGCCAUCCCAGUAAGCGUAAAAUGCACUCCAGAGAAAUGUGCUCCACUAAUUGCAACAAUGAACUUUGUUCUUGUUUUUGGAUCCCUCAUUAUAACAAUAGUGAUUCUCUUAUUUGUUCUGAUCUUACUCUUAUGUCAUCGAAAAGAUUUUAAAAAGCAGGAUACUGUAUCGAAUAAUAAUCUAAAUUCUGCUAUUCGUUUACUCACUUGGACUCUUAUAACUGUUUUGUUUGUUUUAAUUGCUGAAAUCAUUCCAUUCGUGUUUAUGGAAAUCAAGAAACAUAGGGGCCCAAAACCAGGAUGCUACUGGUUUUAUCAUGAAAAUAUUAUAGUUGAACAAGUAUCAUUUGCUAUGAUUGAAGCAUCAGUAUGGAGUAUUGCUCUAAUAAUUGAUCCAUCGGCAAAUGUGAUUUUCGAUAAAAAUGUCUCGAAACAAGCAAAAAAUCAGGUGAAAUGGAUGCGUAAAUUAAUUGUCGGAUUGGUUAGAAACGUAGCAACAAGAUUUUCACAAAAAAGAAAGGAAGAAAAAAAAAGAAUCAUUCGAUCGGGAGCCGAAAACACAAUCUAA